AAAAGAAGAAGAAGAAGAAGAAGAGUUGAAACCGUAGUUUCCGGUUCCGGGCUAACAGUAUCCUUCACAAGUGGCAAAAAUGUUGACCCGAAUUUCGCGGUUUGGGCUGACUUUGCCCCGGUUACUUUAUAAUCCACCAGCCCGGUUGGUCUCCCAGUCUAAAGCGAACAGUGCUACAGGCUCAACCGCGGUGACGGAGCUCCACCCCGAGGUCCAGCAUUCUGGUCACGGUGAGGUCAGCCCGUAUGUCAAGAAUCCGGAAUACCAUGGCUUCUCCAGCGAUCCAGUGGAGGAUGAGUGGAAUAUGAAAGUGGGCUUCUUCUUCGGCAUUUCAGUUGCUCUCGUCAUUGGAGGAACUUUUAUCCACUAUUUACCCGACCAUGGCAUGCGGCAGUGGGCCAGAAGAGAGGCCGAACAUUUGAUUCAGCAGCGCGAGGCCGAUGGUGGCCCUCUCAUAGAGGAGAACUACUAUGACACAAACAAAAUCAUUCUUCCCACAGCUGGAGGACAGUAACCUGUCCACUGUAAUACCUGAUUAUUGUAUUUCACUGAUAAAAAUAAAAUGUGUGUGUUGAAUUUUGUUGUUAUUUUUUGUGGACAGUGAUGAUGUACAGUGGCAUUUUACUCAAAGCCCUGCUUGUGUCGUGGAUGUCGAUUUAGAUGUCAGCCAGUCGUCACCUCUGUUUUUGUAAUGGGAUUGUUAUGUACUGUAAGUAUUGUAAGAUGGUGACAGAAAUCUUACAGUAGGAGGUGUAAGACGUAUUAAUCCGAGCCAAUAAAAACAUAUAAUAUGUUUGACCGUA